AACAAACCAAUGAUACGGUAUUUAAAGGCGAUGCAGACUGCGCCGACGGUCGAGCCGCAGUUGUGUGCAGCCUAUCGCGACUGUUCACUCUCACCGCAACACGCACAAUUCACCAAUGAAGGUACCAUGGGCUUUUGCGGCCGUUGUGCCGGCGCUCGUCAGCGCGCAGAGCGACCCCAUGGAGAAAGACAAGCUGUACCAGGAGGGCAAAACACCCGCUGUGGACAGGAUUGGAGAAGAUGUCGUGCCGACCGUCGACCAACCCAAACCACCCGGCAAACCGAUCACUGACUUCGAUGUUACCUGUUCGUCGGAAGUGGCCAGCCAUGGGUGUUCCAGUGUUCUGGACAGAGACGUCCAGUCAUACUGGCAGAACAACAACGGUGCGGAUGAGUCCAUUACAGUGGAUUUCAAGCGGGAGAUGAGCAUCAGCGGUCUGAUCAUGGUUCCCUUCCCGGAUACUGAAUCGUUCAUCGAGACGCAUUCGGUCGAAGUCAGCAAGGAUGGGAAGACAUGGAAGGAGGUCGCAUACGGCCGGUGGUGGCCCGACAACAGUGAGAAAAUGUCGGUCUUCCAGCCUGAGAAGGGCCAAUACCUGCGACUCACGAUGACCGAGAGUUCUGGUUUCAUCUCUGAGUUAGAGGUCUAUGAAACCGAGUACAUCCAGCCGGACCCGAAGAAAGGCGCCUGGGGGCCGACGAUUGAUCUCCCUCUUGUUCCGGUCUCUGGGGCCAUCGACCCGACGACAGGAAGCUUGAUCGGUUGGGCGUCAUGGCAAUACAACAUCUACCUUCAAAACCAGGGCUCAAAGACCCAGACCGCCACCUGGAACCCUAAAACCCGGGCCGUGACGCCACGGGAAGUGAACCAGACCAACCAUGACAUGUUUUGCCCCGGAAUUACCUUGGAUGACGAAGGAGAUCUUGUUGUCACCGGUGGUAAUAGCGCGCGCCAGACCACCGUGUAUAACAUUACCACCCGUGAAUGGGAGAAAAAAGCCAUUAUGCGUAUGGACCGGGGUUAUCAAGGAGCGACCAUCCUUUCCGACGGCCGUAUCUUUGUCAUUGGGGGUUCCUUCGGUGAGGUGGUCAACCUGAAGAACGGCGAGAUCUACGACGUCCGAAAGAAUACAUGGACGGAACUCCCGGGCGCCGAGGUAGUCAACAUGUUCACGGCUGACCGCGACGACUGGCGAAAAGACAACCAUGGCUGGCUUUUCGGCUGGAAGAACGAAACUGUCUUCCAAGCAGGUCCUAGCAAGAUGAUGAACUGGUACGGCGUGGACGGCACCGGCUCAGUCACCGCUGCUGGUAAACGCAACAAGAGGAAGUGGGGGGAUAACAUGUGUGGAAACGCGGUGAUGUUUGACUCGGGGAAGAUUCUCGGCUUCGGUGGAUCCCAAGACUAUGAAAAAUCCCGUGCCAGGAAUGAUACAUACCUGAUCUCAAUCGAUGAGCCGAAUACCAACGCGUCAGUCGUUCAACCAGAUGGAAUGAAGCAUAAACGGACUUUCCAUAACUCGGUGGUGCUUCCAGAUGGCUCGGUAUUCACGGCCGGAGGACAAGAGCUCGCGGCCCCGUUCGAUGAAUCCACCAGCCUACUUGAGCCGGAGCGCUGGGUCUACAACGCGGAGGAUCCUGCGCAAAGCCAGUGGGACACAUGGCUCCCCAACACCGUGGCCCGGACCUACCACAGCAUCGCGCUCCUGCUCCAGGAUGGGACUGUCUUCGUCGGCGGCGGUGGGCUCUGUGGAAAUUGCUCCGCCAACCACUUCGACGGACAGAUCUUCACGCCUCCGAAUCAUCUGAAUGACGACGGAUCCCUACGCAAGCGUCCGGUCAUCAAGUCGGUUUCGCCAGCCAACGCGAAACCGGGUGACUGGGUCCAGAUCGAAACAGAUUCGUCUGUCAACCAGGAUGCAGCAUCCAUCAUUCGCUACGGCUCGGCCACCCACACGGUGGAUACCGACCAGCGACGUCUUUCUGUCUCGCUCUCCAGGAGCUGGAAGUGGUUUUUCAAAUACUCCUAUAACUUCCAGAUCCCUCAGGAGCCUGGAGUUGCGACGCCUGGGUAUUACAUGCUGUAUGUCCUGGAUGACAAGGGAACUCCCAGCAAGUCCGAGAACGUUCGUGUAGCCGCCGUCUGA